AUGGAUUCGAUCAAGGAAAAGUUCAAUUCCGUCCGCGGCGAUGGCGUCCGGAAUCAAGUCUCCGGGAUGCUCCAUCGUGAUAAACGUUCAACUCCCCCAGCAUAUAACCCGCGACCCAUCAACGAACUCCGCGAUCCCUCAACCUUCGAACCCCCUCCCCGCCGCCGCCUCGAUCCCUCCGCCCCCCUCCCACCCCCUCCACCUCGAACUAAAAACCCACCGACAUCCUCCGCCUCCUCCGCCGCGAAACCCGGUCCUCCGGCCCUUCCUCCCCGCCUUCCACCGCGGACGCAACCUCCCUCAACAACGGACCCUUACCUUAAUCAAUCUGCAGUAUCCCGCCUCGGCGCAGCGGGCAUCUCUGUUCCCGGCCUAGGAAUCUCCUCCUCCUCUUCCUCCACAACGCAGCAACAGCCACAACCGCCAGCCGAAGGAACCACUUGGGCCCAGAAGAAAGCCGCCCUCCGCACCGCGAACAACUUCCACAAAGACCCUUCGUCCGUAUCGCUCCAGGACGCGAAGAGCGCCGCCGAGACGGCCAAUAAUUUCAGACAGAGGCACGGUGAGCAGGUUGCGGCGGGGGCGCGUGCGGCCAAUAACUUGAAUCAGAAGUAUGGUAUCGCCGAUCGUGUGGGUGGGAUGGUGGCGGGACAGAAUACGGGGCAGCAGCAUGCCGCGGGUGAGGGGGGUGCGGCUGCGUCGCCGUCGUCAUCCUUGUCGUCGGCGGCUGCGUUGGUGACGAAGAAGAAGAAGCCGCCGCCGCCUCCCGUUCCGAGGAAGAGGCUUGGAGCGGCCGCUGGGGCUGGGACUGGCCUUGGAACUACGGAUGAUGCACCACCUCCGCUGCCACUGGCGACGAAGCCGCGAUUUUCAUGA